AUGGGUGUUGAAAGAGAACCUGUAUUUCCUAAUGUACUGAGUCAACAGAGUGACAAAAUGAGUAAAGAAAGUGAUAUCAUGAGCAAUCAAAGUAAAAAAGAAACAAAAGAAAAUGAAGAAAUAAACAAAGAUAGUCAAGAAGCGAGCAAACAGGGAGACGUUAUGAAUCAAGAUAGUAAAGAAACAAGCAAACAGGAUUGCUUAAAUAACUACCGCCCAAAUGCUUCACUUCUGCUCUAUAGUUCCACGCUAACAAACCCCAUUUAUUACGCUGUUGCACAUCUCCCAAACCUUUCUUUUUCCCGUGAAGACUUCAUCUUUAGAAACCUGAAGUUUAAAGCUUUGAUUUUCAGUGGUAAACCGGAAUUCAUACCUAUGAAAGAUUAUAGCGCGUGGAAGGACUAUAAAAAGACAAAUGAUUAUAUCGAUGUCAAAUUCAUUCUGAAUAGUAAAACUUAUCCCAUUGUUAUCAAAAGGAUGAGCUCGGUCGACGACUUGUCCAAAGCAGCUUUGCUCUUUAUUCGUUGCCUCAAGUAUAAUGAAGUCAGCAAAAUGGAGCUGAUUCUAAACAGGAGUAAAUUGGAAGAUUCUGAAAAUGGUCUAAAGAUUGAAAACAACUCCGAUAUACAUGUUAUCGCUACUGAGAAAUCAAAGCCACAGUCUUGGAGUGGCAUUAUUCAUAAAUACGAAAAUGAUAACGAGAUUCGGUCGGCAUAUGUCCCACUAUCUUUAAAUAUGCAAGAGUUACUGCAGAAAGAAUUAUUAUUCUCUGUUCACUACUUAGCCAUUCACAUUCCUAUUCUCGAAGAUGAAUCGCCUCUCUAUGUAACACUUUACAAAACACCCCUUCCCUAUCUCAGAGAAUUGACAAUUUUCACACAAUUCAAAAAAUACUUAUAUUCUAUUUUACACAUCUCCUUAUCUCUCGUUCGCGUUUGUGAUGAUGACUCGAUAGUUCAGAUUAGCAAUCCACUCAAUUCAAAUGUGAGUCAGGAGCUAAAUCAGUUAACUACGAAAAUGAAAGAGCUCCAAGAAAAACAGACAAGCACUGAUAAUGAGAUUAAAAAGUUAGUACAAAGCUAUUCAGAACUAGAGAAAAAGCUAAACUACUCGAAGCAAACCUUAUAUUCCAGCACACGAAAUGGUCCUGUAACGUCUCUGCGCUCAGCUCUCGGCUCUCUGAUAGUGAAUAAUUACUAUUACUUCUUUUAUUCCUACUCCGCCAAUACCAUCAUUAUCGAUAUUAUUCAGAGUUUUAUCAAGAAAGGAAGCUGCAUGUAUAACCGCACGCAGUCGAUUUACACAAGACAGCCGCGAAUCCCCAAACUUCCUGAAGGAAUCUUCCCCAAAGUGCAGAGACCUCUCGUGUCCAACUUCGUUAAGAUUGAAUUCGAAUAUCGCGAGUUUAUGGUGAGAAUCAAUGAGAAAAUGACCGGAGCUCAGUUGUAUUCGGUUGUGAAACACUCGCUUUUGGCGGAUGAGUUCAUAAAUGAAUGGGAUUCCAUCGUUCUCAUCUAUAAUAUGAACCACAUUUCCCCCAAGGAUCUGUUAAUGUCGCUUAAUAUGACGGCUAAUAGCGUGAUCCAGGCAAAGCCGGUAUAUGUAUCUCUUCAAGACAGUUUGCAGCAGGAUUCUUUUAUUAUGGAUCUGCAAAGGCAAAAAUAUGCGAACGUGCAGCACUUGGUAUUGCUGGCUGAGUGUAUAUCAAACAGCCAGCUUGAGAAGGGAAUUUCAAAAGCAUUCAAUACAGCUAACUUCGAGCUGACACAGCAAGCGGCGGCCACAUUUAGUACAUAUCACUUGAUGCCAGCUUUGAAAUCGUUGAUUCUUUAUCGCGCGGCCGAUGCUAAUGCUGCGAUGAUGAAAGAGAAAACGUUAGACAACACGUUGGCAGCAAGCCAAAACAGUGCGAAUAUUGAAACAGAGAUGCGUUCAAUUGCUCAACAGCUUAACCGGCUUCAGGAUAAUGGAAUGUUUGAAUUGUAA